AAGUAUCAGCUGGAACGGAUUUUCAAAACACGGUAGUACUGAGGGAUAAAUGACUGACGAAGAUGAGAGAAGGACGUUUAUUCAUUGAGUUUAUCCGCCGCUGGGUGGGUGUCAGUUUAGGAUGAUUAUUUGUCAGCUGUCGGAGGGUCUUCGUUGAUCCGCCCGGAGGCCUCAGCGGUGGAUUUAAGCUGAAACCACAGACGCUUCCUCCUUCCACCUUCAGAGGACUGACGGCUGGCCUGACAUCAUUGGCUGGUCGUUAGGAAUGAAUCAUCGCCUUCUUCGGGGGUGGAUGAAGAGAUGCUGUCACUGUCACUGCUCCCUUAAAAUACCACAGACAAACGCACACGUACGCAAACGCACCCAGCGGCGGCCCUGCGUCCGCUCUUUGACACCGUAAAGCCGUUUAUUCUGUGGAGCCAGCAUGGAGGAAAUCCUGCGAAAGCUGCAGAAAGACGCGUCCGGCCACAAGCACAAAGGCAUCCGUGAUGCCUGCGUCUACGCCUGCGAAGCCCUCGAGUCUCAGAAUGGAUCAGCCAAGAUUUCCCCCUCUCAGCUUCGAGAGCGCUGCUUGCUGCCUCUACAGAUGGCUCUGGAGUCGAAAAACACCAAACUGGGACAAACGGCUCUUACUGGAAUGCAGAAGCUCCUGUGUGAGGACAGGUUCGUGGGUGGGGUUGGCGUGGAGGUGGAGGUCCUGGAGAAGCAGCUGCUCAGCCAGAUGUUGGAGGCCAUCAGAAUUACCCCAUCUCUGCAUGAAGACCUGCAGGUGGAAGUUAUGAAGGUCCUGCUGUGUAUCACCUACUCACCAAACUUUGACAUAAACGGAGACUCCAUCCUACGGAUUGCUGAGGUGUGUAUCGAGACCUACAUGUCCAGCUGUCACCAGCGCAGCAUCAACACAGCGGUCAGAGCCACGCUGAGCCAGAUACUGGGAGACCUGACGCUACAGCUGCGACACAGACAAGAGGGUGCAGAUGGAGACGAGGUGACUGCACUGCCACUGCAGAGAAGAGACAUUUCUCCAACCAGCCAGGCUCUGUGUGAAGAUGUGGUGACUGUUCUGACAGUUUUCUGUGAGAAGCUGGAGUCAGUGGACAGUGAUAACCAGCUGCUUCAGCUGCUCUACCUGGAGUGCAUCCUCUCCAUGCUCAGCAGCUGUCCUCCCACAAUGCACCUGUCCAGAGGUUUUACCGACCUUGUAUGGAAGCAGCUGUGUCCGUCACUCGUGGCGAUCAUGGGAAAUCCUGUCAACGACAAAACCAUCGCUUCCCACCAUGGCUACAUGGGGGCGCCAGACCGAGACCGGCUCUCAGAUAGACUCAGCCUGGGAAUCAACCAGGAGGUGGACUCCGGCGGUGGAGGGGUAUCUGAUCAGGGUAGGGGGUCUGGCUGCUCCUCCAGCGCCCCCGCCAGGAUUGCACCGGUAGUGCGAACGGUGUGUUACAUUGCGGCGGAGCUGGUGCGUUUGGUGAGCUGUGUGGAGUCUAUGAAACCGGUGCUGCAGUCGCUGUACCACAGGAUCCUGCUGUAUCCACCUCCUCAGCACCGCACUGAGGCCAUCCGCAUCAUGAAGGAGAUUCUGGGCAGUCCCCAGCGGCUGUAUGACCUGGCCGGUCCGUGCGUGGCUGAACCUGAAACCCGGAAACGAUCCUUCUCAAAGAGGAAGUCCCACCUGGACCUGCUGAAACUAGUGAUGGAUGGGAUGACAGAGGCGUGUAUGAAGGGGGGCAUCGAGGCGUGUUACUCUUCGGUCUCCUGUGCAUGUGCUCUCCUCGGAGCUCUGGAUGAACUAUCACACGGCCGCGGCAUCCAACCUGAGCAGGCUCGGCUUCUCCUCAGACGACUGGACGAUCUGAAAGACGGGACUGAGUCAACACGCGAGUCCAUGGAGAUCAACGAGGCCGACUUCAGGUGGCAGAGACACAUCCUGUCCUCCGAGCAAGAGCCCAGCUCUUCUUCCUCCAACAUGGCUACCACUGGCGCCACCGAGCGCAGCCCCGACAUAAGCAUCAGCAUCACCACAGAAACAGGCCAAACCACCCUGGAUCCAGAGGUGGGGGGGCUCGGCCUGGCUCUGGGCCACACCACUCCUGAGGAGUGUGGGGAGGAUGCUCGUCUCCCCUCCCCCUCAUCCUGUGGCGGCCUGGAGGGAACCAAACGUGAACAGAUUGCAGAGCCAGACCAGGGGAGCCAUCUUGAGGAGGGAGGAGGUGCAGGUGAGAUCGAGGGAAGAGGAGAGAAAGAAAGAGCAGGGCGAGGAGGUGGAGGAGGAGGAGGAGGAGAGAGAGGAGGUGUGGUUCCGCCAGAUGUAGUCCAGCGAAGUCAUGCCCUUGUCUACCCUGACAUUACCAACUUCCUGUCUGUGGAGUCCAGGACCAGGUCACACCAUGCAGGGGGGUCACGGUACAGUGAGAGCAACUUCAGUAUGGAGGAGCAGGACCUGUCGCGGACAGAGUUUGACUCAUGUGACCAGUACUCCAUGGCUGCUGAGAAAGACUCGGGACGCUCCGACGUCUCUGACAUCGGCUCUGACAACGUCUCACUGGCUGACGAGGAGCAGCAGACUCCACGUGACUGCCCGGGCCACCGCUCCCUCCGCACCGCCGCCCUGUCCCUGAAGCUGCUCCGCAACCAGGAGGCCGACCAGGAGAGUGCCAGGCUGUUCGUCCGGUCACUGGCAGCGCUGUUGCCCCGGCUGCUGGGAUUGGCCACCGCCACAGAGGUGGACCUGUCGCUGCAGAACUUCUCCUCCACCUUCUGCUCUGGACUGCAGGCUGGUGGGAUCAACUCUCCAGGUUUCGAGGCAGGUGACACUCUGAGCUGUCAGUCUCUGAUGAAUGCAGACGGUCUUUAUCUGGUGUCGUACUACGCUCUGCUGCUCAACCUCAAACUCUGCUGCUGCGAUUACUACAGACGAAGAACGCUGGCUCCUGUCCUCAGCCUGAAGGAUUUUGUGCGUCUGAUCCAGAGCAGCGGGGUCCUCGUGGUUCUGUCCCAGACCUGGAUCGAGGAGCUUUACCACCAGGUGUUAGAGCGCAACCUGCUGGCGGAGGCCGGGUACUGGGGCUCACCAGAGGACCAUACACUGCCGCUCAUCACCAUGCUGACAGAUAUCGACGGUCUGGGCAGCAGUGCAAUUGGCGGUCAGCUGAUCAGGAGGGCAUCCAGCCAAUCACCACUCAGCUGUGACAAGGCGAGCAGUGACACUGUGAUGGCAGGAGCUGUGUUCUCACGUUUCAUCCUCACCGGUGUCUGGAAGAACCUGAUCGAUGUUCUGUCCACGCCUCUGACGGGUCGCAUGGCGGGCAGCUCCAAGGGCCUGGCCUUCAUCCUGGGAGCAGAGGGGGUCAAAGAGCAGAGCCAGAGGGAGAGAGACACCAUCUGUCUGAGUUUAGACGGCCUACGCAAAGCUGCAGCGCUGAGCUGUGCCCUGGGUGUGGCUGCCAACUGUGCGUCAGCUUUAGCCCAGAUGGCUGCAGCCUCGUGUGUUCAGGAAGAGAAGGAGGAGAAGGAGGUGGGAGAGACGGGAGACGCCAUCACACAAGUGAAGCAGCGUGUUGAGCAGCGUUUGGAGCAGAUCGGACGUCCUCAAGGAGUUCGUCUCCACACGGCUCAUGUGCUGUGUAUGGACGCCAUCCUGAAUGUAGGACUGGAGAUGGGGAGCCACAACCAUGACUGCUGGCCACAUGUCUUCAGGGUGACUGAGUACAUCAGUUCACUGGAGCACACCCACUUCAGCGACGGCUCUUCGCAGCCAUCACCUCUGACCACCAUCACGCAGCAGAGUCAGCAGCCGGCCGGUGUGGACGUGGGGCUGGAGCUGAGCUGCGAGCCCAGCCCAGAGGCCUCGGAACUGGGCCUGAGCCAGCCAGUCAUCCAACCUUUGUCCAUCCAGGAGCUGCUGAAGGAGUGCAGCAGAGGAGGCCGAGGUCUGGACCUGAAGAGCGGCAGCCUGAUGACCGGGACCAGCGCGGCCAAGGCUGUGUGUACACUGUCAACACAGGCUGACAGGUUGUUUGAAGAAGCAGCCACCAAACUGAACCUGGUGGGUCUGGUUGGUUUCCUGCAGCAGCUGAGGAAAGCAUCUCAGUCUCAGCUGUUUGACUCUGUCACUGAGACUGGUGACUAUUCACUGGCAAUGCCAGGAGAGGCCAAGUCGACGCUGGAGCGGCGCAGCGCUCUCCAUCUCUUCCGUUUGGGCGAGGCAAUGCUGCGAAUCGUAAGGAACAAGAACCGGCCUCUGCUCCAUAUGAUGAGGGCCUGGAGUGUGGUGGCACCACACUUGGUGGAGGCGGCGUGUCACAAAGAACGCCAUGUCUCCCAGAAGGCCGUGUCCUUCAUCCAUGAUGUUCUGACGGAGGUGCUGACGAGCUGGGCUGAGCUGCCACACUUCCACUUUAAUGAGGCACUGUUCAGGCCCUUUGAGCACAUCAUGCAGCUGGAGCUCUGUGAUGAGGACGUGCAGGACCAGGUGAUCACAUCAAUAGGUGAGCUGGUGGAGAUGUGUUCCCCUCAGAUCCUGUCAGGAUGGAGGCCUCUGUUCAGCGCUCUGAGGACCGUCCACGGCAGCAAGACUGACACUAAAGACUACCUGAUGGGAGAAUACUCCAUGGGGAAAUCCCAGGCUCCAGUGUUUGAUGUCUUCGAGGCUUUUAUCAACACUGACAACAUCCAGGUUUUUGCCAACGCUGCCACUGAUUACAUCAUGUGUCUCAUGAAGUUCGUCAAAGGCUUAGGAGAGGUGGACUAUAAGGAGAUCGGAGACUGUGUCCAUGUGUCGGGUUACAGCUCCACUGACCUGUGCCUGCCUGCUCUCGACUACCUCCGCAAAUGUUCACAGCUGCUGGCUAAAAUCUACAAGAUGCCAUCAAAGCCUGUGUUCUUGGGGGCGCGGCUCGCCAGCCUGCCAAUGAGAUCGCAGGAACGCUCGAUCAGCAGUGAGGACGGGAUGGACUGUGUCCUCCAGGACUUUGAUGAUGACACAGGUCUGAUCCAGGUCUGGAUUCUGUUAUUGGAGCAGCUCACAGCAGCAGUGUCAAACUGUCCUCGACAGCACCAGCCCCCGACCCUGGAUCUGCUCUUCACUCUGCUCAGAGAGGUCACCACUGUCCCAGGUCCGGGCUUUGCCAUCUUCUCCGUCAUCCAGCUGCUGCUUCCUGUGAUGUCACUGUGGCUGCAGCGUAGCCAUGGCGACCACUCCUACUGGGAUGUGGCGGCAGCAAACUUCAAGCACGCCAUCGGCCUGUCAUGUGAGCUGGUGGUGGAGCACGUCAACAGUUUCAUACACUCAGAUAUUGGUUACGAGUCUCUGAUCAACCUGAUGCUGAAGGACCUGUUCAAGCUGCUGGUGGCCUGUGUGUCUGAACCUGCAGAGACCAUCUCCAGAGUGGGCUGCUCCUGCAUCAGAUAUGUGUUGGUGACAGUGGGUCCAGUGUUCACAGAGGAAAUGUGGAGGUUGGCCUGCUGUGCUUUGCAGGAUGCUUUCUCUGCCACACUGGAGCCCGUCAAGAACCUGCUGGCGUGUUUUCAUAGUGGCUCUGACAGUUUUUCUGGAGACGCCUGUGAGGUGAAGGUGGCUGCUCCGUCUCAUUCACCCUCGGCCGAGGCAGAGUACUGGAGGAUCAAAGCCAUGGCUCAGCAGGUCUUUAUGUUGGACACUCAGUGCUCUCCAAAGACGCCCAACAACAAGGACGGUUUUGAACAUGCUCAGUCCUGCGUCCUCAUCAUCGAGCUGCCGUCAGACCAGCAGUCCAACGGACACACUCAGAAGAGGAAAAUUGGGAUCCCGUUCCGGACCAUCGUGGUGAGCCUGCUGUCCCACCAGGUCCUGCUCCAAAACCUCUACGACAUCCUCCUGGAGGAGUUUGUCAAACAGCCUGAAGGUCAGGAAAGGGUCACGCCUGUGACCUCUGACCCCAGCAGACCCACAGCAGGCUUCCUGCGCUACAUCUCCAUGACUAAUUUAGCCAUAAUCCUGGAUCUGCUGCUGGACUCUUACAGGACAGCGCGUGACUUUGACACCCGGCCAGGUCUGAAAUACCUGCUGAUGAAGGUGUCAGGUGUUUGUGGAGCGGCUAAUCUUUACCGUCAGUCUGCCAUGAGCUUCAACCUGUACUUCCAGGCCCUGCUGUGUGCCACACUCAGCCAAGCCGACAGCAUGACUGCGCAGCAGGUGAAGAGGAUCCUGUUCGAGGAAGAGGAGGGAAGCUCUGACUCAUCUCAUCCUGGGUCUGCUUCCUCAGAGGACGAAGACAUCUUUGAAGAAACAGCACAGGUCAGCCCCCCACGCGGCCGGGACAAACGUCAUCAGUGGCGAGCCCCCAUCCCGUCGCUCAGCGUGCAGCCGCUGGGCAGCGCCGACUGGGCCUGGCUGGUUAAACGCCUCUACAAGCUGUGCAUGGAUCUGUGCAACAGCUACAUCCAGAUGCACCGUGACCUGGAGAGCACGCUGGAGGAGACGGCGGUGCUGAGAGGAGGAGCUGCUGCAGCAGGAGAUCACGUCUUCUUCCUGCCUCUCUUCCAGUCCGAGACGUCCACCCCAACAUCAGCAGGCGGGCUUUCAGCAAGGGGGACGCCCUCGGAGGAUGGCGGGUACAGGUGUCAGGGGGCGGACAUGAGCACAGCAUCACCCGGAGACACGCCCACACCCAGUCCGGGAUUCAGCUGCACAGGGAGUCUGCCCCACCACUUCAGGACCGGGGGAGAGCGAAGGGACUCCAACAUCACGGCAAGCUCGUUGGGAGGAGCUCCCGGCAGCGUUGGACCAGGAAAGAGAAAGGAAUGGUGGGAAAGUGCUGGAAACAAACUGUACACCAUCGCCACGGACAAAACCAUCAGCAAGCUGAUGAUGGAGUACAAGCGUAGGAAACAGCAGCAGCAGCAGCCACAGCAGAGUCACGUCAACCUGUUCAUGAAGGAGCAGGGCCGGGCUGCCGCAGCAGGAGGAGGGGUCACCGUGGAGAGGAGGGGUCCCGUGGAGCCACAAAGGCCCCCGCAGAGACCCCAGCAGCUAGUGGACCAGCAGGGGCCGCCUCUGAGGCACUCAGUCAGUGCAGGACCUGAGGUCCUUAGGCAGGAGAAGAGGCCUCGGUCAGGAUCCACCAUCAGCUCCCACAGCAUCUCACUGAGGGACUCUGAGGCUCAGAUACAGGCGUGGACCAACAUGGUCUUGACUCUCCUCAAUCAGGUCCUCCUCCUCUCAGACUCCUCUUUUCUGGCGCUCCAGCCGGCGCUCUACCCCUGCCUCAGCCAGCUCUCCUGCCACGUCACCGACGCUCGAGUCCGCCAGGCGCUGCGUGAGUGGCUGGGCCGUGUCGGCAGACUCUAUGACAUCAUCAUGUGACAUGUGCAGCAAAGAAACGCAAAAGCACCUGAUGCAGGGCACAGACGGUCGGUCAGCGAAGAGAAAUAAACACACGGAACAUGAAUUAGGUUGUUGCAGCAGACUUGUUUGACGCCAUGUUGUGGCAGCGUCACCAUGUGGUGGACGUUUCAGAGGUUUGGCAGACAGUGACAUCAUCACGUCACAGCGCAGCCGGUUGGUGGAAUGACAGUUUGACUGAGUCAGGAGAGACAAUACGCUGACUCUGAUGGUGUCUUAUGGAUUUGUGGCACCUUUGAAGAACAGGAGGACACUGGCAGACACCAUGUGACGCUAGGGUGCAUGACUUGAUUGGCUGAUGAGGGACGUGAUGAGAAGAAUGAAGGAUGUAGUUGGUUUGUGAAGGAUUUGGUGGUCAAUGUGCCAUUUCCGCCUCUUGUUUCUUGGUUGAAGUUGAUACAAACACACACGCACACACACGCACACACAGUUUGAGAUGUUUCACUUGUUCAACAUCUUCUUCUCCUUGUUUUCUUUUGUGGCUUUCAUGCACUGCACAUCUGUAUUACUGCCCUCUGCAGGCAGCAGCGUGUAUCACAUCACCCUCAUGCACAUGUGCAUAUAUUCAUGUGCUAGUCGAGCAUGUGAUGUAAACAGUGUCCAGCUUUUUUUUUUUCUACAACCUGGGCCAUACUUUCAUUUGGCCUCUGCUGGUAGUGAUGAUGAUGAUGGAGAAUGAGCAGUAAGAACUGGGGGUGAGCUGCCAGUUCAGAAAGGAAGAGGACACUACGCCUCAGUCCUGCACCACAAUCUUUGACAGCUAAUGUCUCAGAAAUGACGACCACAGCUGCAAGCGCCAAAGAUGAUGCCAGAAUCAGUCCGUUCAGAAUCAGGUCACCGUCACUGACGCCACCAAACUUAAAAAUACUGCUAAAUUUAUUUCUUCUCAAUCAGAGAAUGAGGCUACGUAACGUCAUCUGUGUUUAGCAUUUGAUCCGACUGUAUACGAAUGUCGCGCUCUGCCCUGUAUUUCCUAAAUCCAGCUUCAGAUACUGUGCAGUCUCUCUGUCUCAUUCACCUGCUGAAUGUCUUUAUUAUUCACUUUAAAACCUGAGUGUUUUACCAAAAUGGGGCAGUCAAGUAUUUAUUUUAACCAAAUACCACGUGCAGUGUGCAUACUUUGAUGCUGAAUAUGCUAUACAUGUUAAUUUUGCUAUUUAUAUAUGUACAUGUAUUUAUGUAAAGGGUUUCUUAUUUGAAAUACUUCAUGUGUCACGUUGAGCAUAUUCUUUUUUUUUUUCCCACUC